AAUGUACUGGUAGAAAUGGCUCUCAGUCUCAAAGAGUCGUUGUUUCUUUCUUUCUAAAAUUGAAAAUUUAUGAUCAUUUAGAAAUGCUUUUUUUAUAAUAAUCGUAAUCUACAAUCCCUCACUUUCCUUUCUGUUGCCUUAUGCACCUCUCUAAUUUUCCUCGAACAACUAUACUCUCUCUAUCGCACUCACUCCCUCCGUCGCCCGAACGCAUCUCCGAUCAACCAACCGCCGCAUUUCCAGUGAUUAGCCACUUUGAUCCUCCUGCAGCGCCGUCGUUUCCUCAGAUCCGUGGCUGUAAUGCGAAAGUCGUUGGAGGCGAAGCAGCAGCAUCCGCGGAUUAGGAAGAUCCUUCUUCCCAAUUCGUUAUCCUAGUUAGGGUUAGGGUUUCAAUAAUCAUUCCCAAGAAAUGUUCAAGCGAAUCAUGAAGGGAGGGCAGAAGAAGCCCUCCAAGACGGACCCGAGCGAUCCGUCGCCCUUGGCUCCGGCGGCGGCGGGUGCGGCAGCCGCUCCGGCGCUGGUGGUUCCUCCGCCGUCGGGCACCAUAGAGCCUCUGCCUCUCUUCCGCGACGUGGCGGUCUCGGAGCGGCAGAACCUCUUCAUCCGGAAGCUCCAGAUAUGCUGCCACGUGUUGGACUUCUCCGACACGCUGAAAUCCGUUCGGGAGAAGGAAAUCAAGAGACAGACUCUAAUGGAGCUCGUGGAUUUCAUCCAAUCCGGGUCGGGGAAGAUAACGGAGACUUGCCAGGAAGAGAUGAUCAAAAUGGUGUCGGCGAACGUUUUCCGGUGCCUCCCGCCGGCUUCGCACGAGAACACCGGCCAGGAAGCCACCGAUCCGGAAGAGGAGGAGCCGUGCCUCGAACCAGCGUGGCCGCACUUACAACUCGUCUACGAGCUUCUCCUCAGAUACGUGGUUUCCUCCGACACUGACACAAAGGUCGCAAAACGAUAUAUUGAUCAUUCUUUUGUUCUCAAACUCCUUGAUUUGUUUGACUCCGAGGACCCUCGUGAGCGCGAGUAUUUGAAAACCAUAUUGCACCGUGUGUAUGGGAAAUUCAUGGUUCAUCGUCCCUUCAUUAGGAAGGGCAUUAACAACAUAUUUUUUCGGUUUAUAUAUGAGACUGAGCGGCAUAGUGGUAUUGGGGAGCUUCUUGAGAUUCUGGGGAGUAUUAUUAAUGGGUUUGCUUUGCCCAUGAAGGAGGAGCAUAAGUUGUUUCUUGCUAGGGCGCUUCUGCCUCUGCAUAAGCCCAAGCCGGUUGGGGUGUACCACCAGCAGUUGUCGUAUUGCAUUGCGCAGUUUGUGGAGAAGGAUUACAAACUCGCGGACACGGUUAUUAGGGGUUUGUUGAAGUAUUGGCCAGUCACUAAUUGCCAGAAGGAGGUGCUCUUCCUUGGGGAACUAGAGGAGGUGCUGGAGGCCACGCAGACCGCGGAGUUCCAACGCUGCAUGGUCCCUCUUUUUAGACAGGUUGCCCGCUGCCUCAAUAGUUCUCACUUUCAGGUUGCAGAACGAGCUCUCUUUUUGUGGAAUAAUGAGCAUAUUGUCAGCUUAAUUGCCCAAAACAGGACUGUAGUAUUACCCAUAAUAUUUGAAGCAUUGGAGAAAAAUAUCAAGAGUCAUUGGAACCAGGCUGUUCACGGCCUGACUGUGAACGUUCGGAAAAUGUUCAUAGAAAUGGAUGCCGAAUUGUUUGAAGAGUGUCAGAGGCAGUAUGAAGAGAGGGAGGCUAAAGCAAAAGAAUUAGAAGAGCAGCGGGAAUUGAAUUGGAAAAGACUGGCAGAUGCAGCUGCACAGAAUGGGGUGGAUAUGGUCACAGCUUAGUGAAAUUACUUUACUGCCGUAACCGGCAGUGUGAAUUGGAUAGGUGAAGGAUUACAUGUGCUCCUCGCCAUUUUGGUGCCAUUAUUUAUUGGUUUCUUUCUUUCCCACUUAAUUUCUUUUCCCCCUCUGUUUUCUCAGUUGGAUAAUCAGCAAGUUGAAGAAGCAGUGAUUAAUGUAACUUAAAAGUGCAGUUGGGAUAAUCAAUCGGACGCUGUUAGCAAUGUCUGCAGAUUAAGAAUGUUUAAUGAAAUACUUUCUUGUAUUUUUUUUUCUUACAGAGAGAAAUACGGAUCUUUUUUUUCCUUCUGAAAACAAAUUGUAGUGCCCUUUGUGUUUAUGGUACAAGAAGUAGGGCCUGUUAUUUUGUGCUUGAUUGGCACUUGAUUGGCUAAAGGCAGGUUUGGUUUUGGCACUAAGUUUCGUAAGGAGCUAGUGUUGUGUCGUCUCUCUGAUAAGAGGUGUUAUUGAUUACACUUGUUUUGCUUGUUUUCUAGAUAGUUAUGUAAAGGGCUGGUGAUUUACUUAUUCAAUAGGUCAACGAUUCCUUCAAGCAAAUCUCGGCAGCGUUGCCCCACCGCUGACAAGGAUGCGGCAAACAUGCCAUUGAUGUUGAUUUUUUUUUAGGGAAUUAAUUUUCCUAUUGAUAUAGCUGUUGGAUUGAUUCUCUCUGUACUUGAUUUUCCUGUUUUACUUUGGUAUUUUCUGUCUUUCUUUCCUAUGGUUUGAGAAUAUUCUUUUAAAUUUUAAUCUUAAGAA